AUUUAUUCAUUAAAUGUCGAAUUUCAUUUUUGUUGGUAUUUGUGAUUUCAUUUGCAUUCUUUUUUUUUUUUGUUUCCAUUGGAAAAUAAAAUAAGCAGUUAGUUGUGUGUCAGCUGUGGCGAAGCAUAAACGUUGAAUAUUGAAAUCCUUGACUUAAACCGGUGGUAAGCUAUAAAUAGGAGCAUAAGUUAGGUAUUGAAGUUUUUUUAUGCAUAUAGAUUUGCUUCUUUAUCCUGCAAAGUUUUCACAUAAGUGUACAUUAAAAGGAUUAAAUAAUGGAUUAAUGCAAUCAACUUUAAAAUCAUAAGCAUUUUCGUCCGUUUAAGAUUGACUGUGCACUCUGCUGUGAGAAUUGUUUGUGAUUGCUGAACAUGCAAAGUGUCCUUCAUUAAGCU